CUCGAUUAGUCGACUGGUUCAUUGACAACAACUCUGGUAAACUUGCAGCUGUAUUGCAUUUAAAUUAAUUGUUUAAGUUUUAACACUUCAAAAAGCAGUGUUUAACUUAAUUGCUUAGCUUACCUCUAAUAAAUUCAUCAUUUAAAAGUAGUUCCAAGCAUAUAAGAGAACAAGUCAGUAUGUGGAAAGCAACUGCCGGUCACCAAAUCCAGGCCACAAGCACCGCUGAAGAUGAUGAUUGGGAAACGGAUCCAGAUUUUGUCAACGAUGUUAGCGAACAAGAACAACGAUGGGGCUCAAAGACAAUUGAUGGCAGCGGACGCGACGGAGGCGGAGCCAUUGACAUGGCCAAACUGCGCGAGGAGACGGAGAAAUCGGAUUUGGACAUGAAGAAGCAAUUAUUAAAGGAUCAAAAUGCUGGCUAUGGAUACGGUGGCAAAUUUGGUGUUGAAAAGGAUCGCAUGGAUAAGUCGGCGGUGGGCCAUGACUACGAGGGUAAAGUGGACAAGCAUGCAUCGCAAAAGGAUUAUAGCGAAGGCUUCGGCGGAAAAUACGGAGUUCAAACGAAUCGAGUGGACAAAUCUGCUGUUGGCUGGGAUCACAUUGAAAAGGUGGAAAAGCACGAGUCGCAAAAGGAUUACUCAAAGGGAUUUGGUGGCAAAUUUGGAGUGCAGGAGGAUCGUAAGGACAAGUCGGCGUUGGGCUGGGAUCACAUCGAAAAGGUUGAAAAGCAUGAAUCCCAGAAGGAUUACUCCAAAGGUUUUGGUGGAAAGUUUGGCGUGCAGGAAGAUCGAAAAGAUAAAUCGGCCGUCGGCUGGGAUCACAUUGAGGCGCCUCAAAAACACGCCAGCCAGGUGGAUCAUAAGGUCAAGCCCAUCAUUGAGGGUGCUAAACCAUCGAAUUUGCGUGCCAAGUUUGAGAAUUUGGCCAAAAACUCCGAGGAGGAGUCCCGAAAGCGCGCUGACGAGCAGAAACGAUUGCGCGAGGCCAAGGAUAAACGCGAUCGCGAGGAGGCCGCUAAGCAAACGAUUGUGGAAAACACGCCGUUACCUUCUGCCGAAGAGGCACGUACGGCCCCGGCUAAAGGAAGUCGCACAGCAAUACAAACAGGACGUUCCGGGGGCAUUGGCAAUGCCAUUAGCGCCUUCAAUCAAAUGCAGUCGCCAGUGGCAGAGACAGCACCGGCGCGCAAGGAACCCAUUAUCAUACCGAAGGAACCAGCGCUUGCUGAACCAGCUAAGCCGGCUGUAGUUGAGCAGGAGCAGAAGCCCGCCACGCCACCACCUGCGAUGGUUAAAGAGACUGCGGCACCACUACCAAAAGUCAGUGCACCGCCCGAUGUUGUGCCCCAAAUUGAGAUUGAGACUGUUGCCACGCCCCCUUCAAGCGAGCCACAAUCGCCAGUUUAUGCCGCAACAGUUAAGUCUGCGCCCGAGCCAGAACCGGAGCCGGAACAGGAACAUCAGCCAGAGCCGGAGUCCGAACCACUCUAUCAAAACCAAGCAGAGCUUAAGUCUGUAUCGCCACUUCCAGCUGCCGCGUCGCCAACUCCAGCUGCAAAUGGCUCAAAUACCGCCAUCGAGGAGGGAAUCUACGCAAAUUCUGGCAACUUGGCUGACUAUCUGGAGGACACCGGCACUCAUGCGAUUGCACUAUAUGACUAUCAGGCGGCUGACGAUGAUGAGAUUUCUUUCGAUCCCGACGAUGUGGUCACCCACAUUGAGAAAAUCGAUGAUGGUUGGUGGCGUGGUCUGUGUAAGAACCGUUACGGACUUUUCCCGGCAAACUAUGUGCAGGUUAUUAAUCAAGCCUCCUAAUUUCUGGCAAUGCCAGUAAGCAAAUGCUUCCGUUUGAAAUUGAGUUUAGAUCAAAAUCAAAUAACAUUAACUGCAUAACGGCGGGAUAAUGAAUUGCUGAUGUUAAAUCUUAAUGCAGAGUCAUAAUUCAUCAUUAUAUAAAAAUCAUGAUUAUAAUUGUUUUCUACAUACAACGAAGAGACGUUAACGUUAUUAUUGUAAUUUGUUACAUUUACAGCGCUCUCUCAUGCCACACGCAAUAUACAUACAAAUAUAUUCCAUUUUUUAUAUCAUUCAU